CCGAGGCGCACGGGGGAGAGGUGACGAUCGGCUGCUGCCGCCGGCUCGGAGGGGGUUUUCCCCGCGCGUGUGGGGGGCUGCGUGUGGCUCCACUGUGGGUGUCCCCCCCUCCCCCGCAGCCCGGCGCUCUUGGAGACGCGGCGGUAGCGCACAGCCCAGCCGGAGGGCGCACGGGGCCCGCUCGCAUGGCCCCGGGGCUGGCCACAUAAUGUUGGAAGGGGCCCCCGGGAGCAGAGCGGAGCCCUCGGGUGCUGCCCGCCGCCCCUUGGAUUACCGCCCUCGCCGCUCCGCCGUCCCCGCCCGUCCUCGCUCGACCCCCGCUGGAGCCGGACCAUGGCCUCGGAGCCCCGCGUGGGAGAGCGCGCCCCGAGCUCCGCUCCGCCCGGCCGGGGAGCCGGCUGCGCCCUCGCCGCCUCGGCGCUGAAGCGGAUCUCCAAGGGCGAGGCCGGGGGCCCCAAGGCCCCGCUGUGGCUGCGGGCCCGGUUCCAGGCGCUGCUCUUCGCGCUGGGCUGCCGCAUCCAGCGGCACUGCGGGAAGGUGCUGCUCGCCGGGCUGCUGCUCUUCGGCGCGCUGGCCCUGGGGCUCCGGGCCGCCGCCAUCGAGACCGACCUGGAGCAGCUGUGGGUGGAAGCCGGCAGCCGUGUCAGCCAGGAGCUCAGGUACACGAAAGAGAAGCUGGGGGAAGAAUCCGUCUACACGUCCCAGAUGCUGAUCCAGACCCCGAAACGGGAAGGGGAGAACGUCCUCACCCAGGAGGCGCUGGAGCUGCACCUCGAGGCGGCGCUGGCAGCCAGCAAGGUGCAAGUCUCGCUGUAUGGAAAAUCCUGGGAUUUGAACAAAAUCUGCUACAAGUCUGGUGUCCCCAUCAUUGAGAACAGCAUGAUCGAGCGGAUGAUUGAGAAGCUUUUCCCCUGCGUGAUCCUGACCCCGCUGGACUGCUUUUGGGACGGCGCCAAGCUGCAAGGAGGCUCCGCCUACCUCCCGGGGCGGCCGGACAUCCAGUGGACAAACCUGGACCCCCUGCAGCUGCUGGAGGAGCUGGGCCAGUACACCCCGCUGGAGGGCUUCCGGGAGCUGCUGGACAAGGCGCAGGUGGGACAGGCCUACGUGGAGCGGCCCUGCCUCAACCCCCGCGAGCCCGCGUGCCCCGCCAGCGCCCCCAACAGGCUGAGCCAGCAGGACCCCGCCAUCCCUGCCGAGCUGACGGGGGGCUGCCACGGCUUCUCCCGGAAAUUCAUGCACUGGCAAGAGGAGCUGAUCCUGGGUGGCACCACGAAGGACCUGCAGGGCAGGCUGCUGAGCGCUGAGGCCCUGCAGAGCAUGUUCCUGCUCAUGAGCCCGCGGCAGCUCUACGAGCACUUCAAGGACGACUACGAGAUCCAGGACAUUGGCUGGAGUGAGGAGAAGGCGGCUGCCAUCCUGGAGGCCUGGCAGAGGGAGUUCGUGGAGCUGGCGCAGGAGUCCCUCCCGCAGAACAGCUCCCAGCGUGUCCACGCCUUCUCCACCACCACGCUCAGCGACAUCAUGAAGUCCUUCUCGGACGUGAGCGCCAUCCGCGUGGCCGGGGGCUACCUCCUGAUGCUGGCGUACGCCUGCGUGACCAUGCUGCGCUGGGACUGCUCCAAAUCCCAGGGGGCCGUGGGCCUGGCCGGUGUCCUGCUGGUGGCCCUCUCCGUGGCGUCAGGACUCGGGCUCUGCUCGCUGCUGGGGAUCUCCUUCAACGCAGCCACCACCCAGGUGCUGCCGUUCCUGGCCCUGGGCAUCGGGGUGGACGAUAUGUUCCUCCUGGCUCACGCCUUCACUGAGACCAGCCAGCACGUCCCCUUCACGGAGCGGACGGGUGAUUGCCUGAGACGCACAGGCACCAGCGUGGCCCUCACCUCCAUCAGCAACAUGAUCGCCUUCUCCAUGGCAGCCCUGGUGCCCAUCCCUGCCCUGCGCGCCUUCUCCCUGCAGGCUGCCGUGGUGGUGGUGUUUAACUUCGCCAUGGUGCUGCUCAUCUUCCCGGCCAUCCUCAGCCUGGACCUGCACCGACGCCAGGACCAGCGGCUCGACGUCCUGUGCUGCUUCUACAGCCCGUGCUCCUCCCGUGUCAUCCAGAUCCAGCCGCAGGAGUACGCCGACGCCAGCGAGACCCACGCCUCUCCCCCCUCGCCCUACGGGCACCCGGCCGUGGCCACCAGCACCCAGAUCACCACCACGGUGCAGGCCUUCGCCCGCUGCGACCCCUCAGGCCGGCACGUUGUCACCAUCCUGCCGCCCACCGCCCAGGUGUGCACCGCGCCACUGGCCCCCGCCGACCUGCUGGGCUCCCAGCUCUUCGCCCCGGCCAGCUCCACCCGCGACCUGCUGGCCCAGCUGGACGGGGCCAAGGGGGGCCGGGAGUGCGUGCCGCUGCCCCUGUGCCGCUGGAAUCUGGCCGACUUCGCCAGGGAGAAGUACGCCCCCCUCCUGCUGCAGACCCAGACCAAGGGCAUCGUGGUGCUGCUGUUCCUGGCGCUGCUGGGCCUCAGCCUGUAUGGCAGCACGCUGGUGCACGACGGGCUGUACCUGACGGACAUCGUGCCGCGGGGCACCAAGGAACACGCCUUCAUCGCCACCCAGUCCAAGUACUUCUCCUUCUACCACGUCUUCAUCGCCACCCAGGGCGGCUUCCACUACCCCAGCUCCCAGGAGGCGCUGUACGGCCUGCACCGGGCCCUGGGCGCCCUGCAGCACGUGGUGCGCGACCACGCCCGCCAGCCGCCCAAGAUGUGGCUGCACUACUUCCAGGACUGGCUGCGAGGCCUGCAGGCCGCCUUCGACAGGGAGUGGCAGGCCGGGCGCAUCACCCGGGACAGCUACCGGAACGGCUCCGAGGACGGCGCGCUGGCCUACAAGCUGCUCAUCCAGACAGGCGACAAGAAGGAGCCGUUCAACUACAACCAGCUCACCACACGCCGCCUGGUCGACGAGAACGGCAUCAUCCCCCCAGAGACCUUCUACAUCUGCCUGACUGUGUGGGUGAGCAAUGACCCGCUGGGCGUCGCCGCCUCCCAUGCCAACUUCUACCCCCCGCCGCCCGAGUGGAUCCACGACAAGUACGAUUGCACCGGCGAGAACCUGCGAAUCCCUGCAGCCCAGCCCCUGGAGUUCGCCCAGUUCCCCUUCUACCUGAGCGGCCUGCGCCAGACUGCGGACUUCGUGGAGGCCAUCGAGAGCGUGCGGGCCGUGUGCGAGGAGGCGGCCCGGGAGCGCGGCGUGGCCAGCUACCCCAGCGGCUACCCCUUCCUCUUCUGGGAGCAGUACAUCGGCCUGCGCCACUGGUUCCUGCUGGCCGUCAGCAUCGUGCUGGCCUGCACCUUCCUGGUGUGCGCCGUGCUGCUGCUCAACCCCUGGACCGCCGGCAUCAUCGUGGCCGUGCUGGCCAUGAUGACGGUCGAGCUCUUCGGGCUCAUGGGGCUGAUGGGCAUCAAGCUGAGCGCCAUCCCGGCCGUGAUCCUCAUCGCCUCGGUGGGCAUCGGCGUCGAGUUCACCGUCCACGUGGCCCUGGGGUUCCUGACGGCCAUGGGCAGCCGGACGCUGCGCUCGGCCCUGGCCCUGGAGCACACGCUGGCGCCCGUGCUGGACGGGGCGCUCUCCACGCUGCUGGGCCUACUCAUGCUGGCCGGCUCCGAGUUCGACUUCAUCCUGAGGUAUUUCUUUGCCGUGCUCACCGUCCUGACUGUCUUGGGCCUCCUGAACGGCCUGGUGCUGCUGCCCGUCCUGCUGUCGGUCAUCGGGCCCCCGGCCGAGGUCAUCCCAGCCGAUAAUGGCAGCCGCCUGCCGUCACCAGAGCCCAUCCCCCCACCCAUCAGCCAUCACGGCUUCUACAUGCGGCCGCCCCCGGCCUGGCCCGGCGCCUUCGCGGACUCCCUGGACUCGGAGUGCUACUCGGAGAGCACCGCGGGCUCGGGGCUGCCCUACGACCCCGGCGCCUACAUCCUGCCGCCCGCCCCGGCCCGGGUCCUGGUGCAGGCCGGCAAGAACCCCGGCUGCCCCACCAUCACGGUGGUGAAAACCUACCAGGAGAACCAGGAGCCGCCGGGGAAGAAGGAGCCACUGAGCACCAGCCAGCCCCAGUCCCUGCCUGCCAGCGACUCCCUCCCAUCGGCCGGCCCGGAUCUCAGGGACUUGCCCCAGCACAGAGUGCCCCGGCCCGGCCCCCCCGGCGCCAGGCCUGCCCCGCACCGAGCCCCCCGGCCCCUGCGGACUGCCCUCCCCGCCUACAGCGGCAGCUACACCACGGUGACGGCCACGGCCUCCGUGACGCUGGCCCUGCACCCCCCGCUGCCGGGCUCCCUGCAGGGUUACACCCAUGACAGCUACGAGGACAGCGAGUCGGACUGCCCGGAGCCCGGCUCCACCGCGCCCACGACCCUCGCGCUCCACCACCCGGGACGGGCAGACGGCUCCGCGAGGCCAUAGGUUGCCUUGGGAAGCGCCGUGGUUCCUAGCCGACGCCUGUCGUGGGUCCGGCUCCAGCGCCCGUGCCCAGGGAGCGGGCAGAGCGGAGAAGAGACGAUGCGAGCACUGGCACCCUUGCGUGGAUGCCAGCUGAACACUCAGCUGGAGUGAGCUGUGACCUGCGCCAGGCGCUGCCAGCAGGGGCAGUGCCCACGGGCGGGGCAGGAGCAGGGCUGCCGCCAUCCCUGCAUUGUGCUGCUAUUCCCCAAUGAUGAAUUAUUAUUAUUUUAUUUGUAUUGCUCUGUGCUGGGCCGGAGACCUCGCCUGGCAGCGCCCCCGACCCCGCAGCAGCAGGAGACGGCUGGGCUGGGCUGGGCUGGGCUGGGCUGGGCUGGCGGGGGGGGAGCGGGGGCACAGCUGGGCCUUUUGGUGAAUCGCUCGGCGAGGUUUCUAUGCAAGGUGUGUGUGGCCGGGCGAAACCCCCAGGGGCUGCCGUGACGCCCCCACCCUGGCCCGGGGUCUCGGUUUGUAUCCCCCCUCCCCUUUUCUGCGCCCUAGGAACUGCAGCACUAACGCCGGCCCCUUGUCACUUCGGGGGCGGCUGCGGGCUGGAGGACCGGCCUGGGGAGCCUUGGCAAAGGAGCUAGAACCCCCCCCGUGCCCCUCAGCCAGUCCCUCUCCCCAUUGACCCCAGCUGUCCCCCACUCCGCUGUUCCCUUGUCCUGGGGCUCUGCACCCCGCAUGGCAUAUGGGGGCUGGGGGGCUCAGCGGCUCCUUGGGCACGAGGUGGGGCCGUGCCCCGCUGCCCCGCCCCCAGCACCGAGUCGUGGGGCUGCCUGGGAGACCGGGGUGGGGAGCAGCAACCCCGCCCCCCCCGCAGGGGGUUGAGAUGCCAGCCCCAGUGGGGAGACCUGACCCCUCCCCAGCCUGGGUCAGGGGGCACCCUGGACUCACGCGAGGGGCUGGAACAGGGGCCGUGUGCCCCCACCGGGGAGACGGGAACGGGCCCGACCCUAGUGCUGGAGGGGAAGGUCGUUUUAACACCUAAAUGCUGACACCAGCAGGCCCCAGAUCCAGCGAGGCCUAGCGGCUAGAGCACGGGCCUGGGCCUCAGGACACCUGGCUUCUCCUCCCCGCUCCUGCCUCAGUUUCCCCAUGGGGACAAUGCUACCCACCCUCCUUUGUAAAUGGCUGUGAGGGCUCCUCCCGUGUGUUUGAUGGUGGGGUGGGGGGGUGUCCUGGCAGGAAGGGGGUCGGGGAAAGGAGGGGAUCUGGGGCAAAUUGGAGGGGGAUGUGCCCCCCCAUACAGGCCCAUCCAAGGCCUAGGUACUGCCUAUGUCUCUCUUGCGCCCUUUAUGGGGUGCCUUGGUCCUGAUGCGCGGGGGAAGGGUGUAUUCCCAAUAGCCCCCCCACCCUCGUGCGAUCGCACAACUCCCCUGCACGACCCCACACCCACCUGUGCAGUUGCAGCCAGAUCAGGGAGCCUUUGAAAAACAGGAACCUACCCUGCCCCCUAAGCUGAGCUUCCCGCCCCCGGCCCCCGCCGGCCGGGCCCCGAUCCUGCAGCCGGGGCCGCUCUCCGGAGGCAGGCAGGGCUCAGCUGGGCUCCUGGGGGUUUGGUGUGGAAUCGCUGUUCCCUGGCACUUUAACCCCCCCAGCCCCAGGGUCCCUAUCAGCCCCCGCCUGGGGCUUUCCAGGGCGGCAAUGGGGGGCAGCGGCUCAGCGAUUGUCCCCUCCUGGGCCGGGGGGGGGGGGGCUGGUCAGUACCGUGUGGGGCCACUGCCCCUGGCGCCCCCUGAGCCGAGCGGGGCCCCCCCCGGCCUGGCCCGGCCAUAUAAAUUAUUUAUAUUACAAAGAGGAAAGGUUUAUUUUUGUAGUUUGUACAGACCCGUAGCCGUGGGCUGGAAGGUUUAUU